AAGGUGAUGGUGAGGGCGGAGCGUCUGCUGCGAACUUCGACGUCGUGAUCAGACUCAUGAGCAAGUUGUGAUAGUCAGCCCGCUCGACCGCGACGCCAUGACGGUCCAGGUCAACACGUACUUCCGGCUGGCGCUGGUGCUGACCGCCGUGCUGGGCCUGUGCGCCGCCACCGACCUGCACAACAGCCUCAUCAACUCCUCCACGCUCGAGGUGAACGAACCCCGCAGGGAAGACAAGGGCCGCAAGGUGAAGACGGCCCGGACGAAGGACGCGCUCGUCGUGCAGACCAAGACGGGCCUCGUGAGGGGCUUCAGGGAGAAGGUGCUCGGCGAGUACGUGGACGUGUUCCUGGGCAUCCCGUUCGCCAAGCCGCCCCUGGGAGACCUGCGCUUCAAGAAGCCCGUUCCCAUCGACCCCUGGCAGGGCAUCUUUGACGCCACGACUCUGCCCAAAUCCUGCAUCCAGGAGGCGUACGCCUCGUUCCCCGGGUUCGAGGGCGAGGAGAUGUGGAACCCUAACACCGAGCUCUCCGAGGACUGCCUCUACCUGAACCUGUGGGUGCCCGCCAGCCUGCGCGAGCCGGGGGCGAAGCCGGCGGAGGUGCUGGUGUGGAUCUACGGCGGCGGGUACAUGGCCGGGACGUCCACCCUCGAGGUGUACGACGGCGACCUCAUGGCCGUCGCCAACAACUUCAUCGUGGCCUCCAUGCAGUACCGCGUCGGGGCCUUCGGAUACAUCUACCUGGACAUCGACGAGGCCCCGGGCAACCAGGGCAUGUACGACCAGGCCCUCGCCAUGAAGUGGAUCAAGGACAACGCCCCCUACUUCGGCGGGAACCCCGAGCGCAUAACCCUCUUCGGCGAGUCGGCCGGCGCCAGCUCCGCCGCCUUCCACCUGCUGUCGCCCGUGUCCAUCGACCUGUUCGACAAGGUGAUCCUGCAGUCGGGCGUCCCGAACAACCCCUGGGCCAUCAUGUCCGCCGACAAGGCCUACGACAUCGCCCUCAAGCUCGUCGACGACUGCAAGUGCAACUCCUCGCUGGUGGCCGAGGAGCCCUCGCGCGUGAUGGAGUGCAUGAGGCGAGUGGACGCCGCCACCAUCUCCAUCGAGCAGUGGAACAGCUACGGCGGCAUCCUGCAGUUCCCGUCGACGCCCAUCGUGGACGGCGCCUUCCUGCCCGACGACCCCAUGGAGAUGAUCCAGAGGGGCGAGUGCAAGAAGACCGAGGUGCUCCUCGGCUCCAACAAGGACGAAGGUAAAGCCUAUCUCUUGCCACCUCACCACACCAUCCACCUCACCCACCACCGUGGACCGCACCACCUGCAACCCACCACCACUUUAGCCCACCUGUACGCACCACCCACCAGCUGCACCCACCACCUCACCCUGGACCAGCGUCGCCACUGCCACCUACUCCACCUUUACCCACCCCUGCAUUCCACCUCACCACCUGGACCCAAGCCUUGCACCUACCCUCUUUCUGUUCAGCACUGUUUUAUCAAUGGUAAAAUUUCCCUGCGAAUUUCCCAUACAAUGUUGGAGAAUUUCGCAAACUCUCCAUCAACUAUUGGCAAACUCUGUUCAUGGAAACUGCUGCCUAAACUCAGUGCUUUUCAUUGCUGUGCAGUGUACCGGCCUCGAUUCCUCCGCCCUAUGGAGAGGAGAGAGAGAGAGAAAGAGAAAAAGAGAGACGAGAAGAGAAGA